AUGCCUGAGAAGUCCGAUCACUUCACUGUCAAGUCCUCAUCAGGUUAUGAUUGCUACAAUUACCCACUUAUGCUGUUGCCAAAUAUGGAAGCAGCAGGAGUUGUCCAAGAUUUAAAAGUCAGGGUGAGCUCCCCGCUCACUCAGCCGGCUCGCGAUGGCCCUGCUCUGGGCGGAGCAUGGGGGGUGGGGGAGGGGAGGGACGACCGCGGCUCCCUGGGGACCCGCGCCCGGCCGCCCGCAGCGCCCCGCCUCCUCCUCCUCCUCCUCCUCUGGCUGCUGCUGGCCGCCAUCCUAAGUCCCCAGGAGUCCCUGGCUCAGCCUCAGCCCACCGUGGACGGCUGGAAGUCAGAAGAAGGGAAGAUGGAGGAAAACUAUGAGAUGAAUGUCCUACCUUGCUGGGAUUAUUAUAAGCAUCACAUGGACUCUGUCGAACAUCGGUGCAACUGGACCGCAAUCAGCAGGUUUUAUAGUGACCUGCAAUAUUGCUUGGAGUACAAGGCGGACCAGUUUGGCCUGGGCUUCCCCAACCCCUUGGCAGAGAGGAUCAUCUUUGAGGCACACCUGAUCCACUUUGCCAACUGUUCCUUGGUGCAGCCCACCUUCUCUGACCCCCCAGAGGACAUCCUCUUGGCCAUGAUUAUAGCCCCUAUCUGCCUCAUCCCUUUCCUUGUCACUCUUGUGGUGUGGAGGAGUAAAGACGCGAGGCCCAGGCCUAGGGCGGCAUGAACUUUCUCAAGAAACAGCUUCCUCCGCUCUCCUGCGGGACCAGGACUUUAAUCUCCUUCGUACCCUUUUCUUUCUCUCUCAUCCCCAACACAGACCCUUGAAUUGGUGGAAAUGGAAACCAGGUGGGAUCAUGGCGCAAUUUCUGUAAUCUGC